AUGCCCCUUCAAGGCAGUGCGAAAGCGCGCACAAGAAGUGUUUCUAAUCCAUCCUCUUGGAGGAACCGCUCACAGCCUUCUACGCCUGUUUCUACCGUGUUCCCUGGGCUGGGCGUGUCGCAGAGUGCGCAUCGUCAAGGGCUCCCGGCUUGGGAUCGGACACUCGAUGCUGUGUAUCACGGCGCUUUUGAGAAAGGGAGCUUCGAAAAAGUGCUUAAAUCCUUCUAUGAGAACCAUGCGAGAAAGAAACCAACUUCUGGGUAUUUCCGACUGCCUGAUUCUGUGCGUUACCGGAUCUGUCGCUAUCUACUCCCGCCCUGCGACAAGCCCCUGCGCUUGAACAAACAUGCACUUAGCCGUGAUGUUUGGCGCAAAGAGGACUUUGAGUCGCCUUCAUCGACAUUACUGCAACUAUCUUCCUACUUUGAAGUAUCUUUUGACUUUCGCGCGGACAUUCUUGUCGCAUUUCUGCAGAACACGAAACUACACGCCGUCUUGUCGCCAUUCACUGGACCGAGAGUAAGCCCACUUGCAACAACAUGGCUUAACAACUACGGCAUGUACGCAAACAACAUCGUCAUCGAACUCGAUAUGACGCAUUUAGGCUGCGGCUCUGAUCCUGGCGCUGUAGCGCUGUCGCCAAACGUCGAGCAGAUCGAGAAACUGCUCCAAGAUUUCAUCAAUGCACAAAUGAAGCGCAAGGAGUCGUGUCCCAUGGAAAGCCUAAUCCUCCUCUGUCGACGUUUCCACGGAAGACGGCCCCAAGCGGCCAUCGUCUCGCCACCUCGAGCCAUCAGUAGUCGAUCAGGUUCACGUCCGGCAUCACGAUCAGCAUCGCGAAGCGCCAAAACACCAGAGCCGCGCAGUCCAACAGCGACAACACCCCGACGAUUCAACUUCGACGAAGACGCUGGAGGCCUACGAAGUCCAACUUUACCCGAUGCAAUCAGUCCAACCUACCCAACUGUAGCACCUGUGGAAGAGUAUUGUCCCGACUCGUACCUCCAUUUCUGCAACAAUAUCCUGCAUCUCAAGGGUCGCAUCGGUUCAGUCCGCAUGUGCGGUUUCAGCGAGAAGUACACAGCACCAUUCAUGGGGACGUUGUUCUCGAACAACAGCAAGAUCACAAAGAGAUACGCAUACCGUGUUGCGCCAUCGACAAUAUGGCCCAAGUUAGCUGGUCAGAAGUCCUACAUCGAUACGGGUGAUGGAAAUCUUGCGUUCGACGACCACGAAGUCUCCGCUACCAACGACAUCCCCAGCUCGUUGCGCAUCUGGGAAGGCUGCGUACAGCUUCCGCCUCCUCGCAUAGACGUAAGCGGAGACUUGAUCCUCCCUGCUAUUGUGGGCGAUCUGCAGAAGCUGAGGAGCACUCGCGAGAGAAGUGCGACUAGCUUAUCGGAGCGGACUAGUGAGGAUCUACGAAAGGAGGGCUCAAAGGGCGAUACGUUGGACAAGAGGACUAUUGCGUGGUUCAAGAGCAAUUACGGCAAGGGGAAGCUCAAGAAGAAGAAGAGAGUCUUGAGCAGAGACGCUGCGACGACGUAUUGA